GGAUAAAGCCAACAUGGGUUCACAGCAGUCAGGACGCUAUCAUAGAAAAAUCUCUGAGAGAUGCUUUAAUAGUGACAAUCUUAAGUAUAAAGGCAAAUAAAGAAGAUGAGGUCAGUGCAUGACAGAAGUAUAGUAAAUAUGCAUGAGCAUCCAGGGAGAGGAAGGCUGCAUCCCAGGGUAGGGCAGCAUCCCAGGGUCAAGGGUCAAAGACAAAGAGAAAUAAGGCCUGAAGCGGAGGGGAAAGGGGAAGAGGUAGGAGACCACUUUGAUGAACUGAAUGUGUUUGUUUGUUUUGUUUCUAGCACUCGACCUGGAGGAGAUUAAUAGUGUUUUAAGAGCAGAAACAAAGAAUAUGUGAGAAAGUGUUUUAAGGAAAAGUGAGGAGGUGUUUGGCCUGGACACAUUCAAAGGUACUUAAAAACUUAUCAACCUUCUUUACAGUUAAGUUUCUACCUCACCCUGAUCCCUGAAAAAGUAUUCCUCCCAUUACCCACUUACUGUAAUUUUGAAACUUGCAUUAUUGGUGUGAUUAAUCCGCCAGCUCUCUACAAAAUUGGAUAAAACUCAUAUGAUUUCAUCUGAUGCUCCCUUUGCCUCGCUCACCUUGGUUAGACUGCAUGUUGAGGUUGCUGCGGGUGGAAGAAGAAGAGGAAGAAGAGGGGCACGGGCCAAAGCCAGGCCCAGGGGCCUGGAUCAUGCUGCUUUGGGAUGGAGGUGCAGCAUGGCUGUAGCCAGGGGCAGAGGUCGGGCUACUGUAGCUGCUGCUGAGGGAUGCUGAGGGAACAGCCGACUGCACCUGACCAGACUGCUGCUGUUGCUGCUGCUGCAUGUGGGCAUGGCUGGAGCCUGAUGGCACAUACAGAGCAGGCAGCACAUGUCGCCAUGUAGUGCAUGUUUAUCACAUUCAGUUCAUCUGGACAGAAAGCUUGCAUGGUUGUAAAAGGAUUUAUGGGUGUAAACAACAUGAGUCAGGAAAAAAAAAACAGCAAAAAGAGCCGGAGUAGCUGUGACUGCAAAGAAAUCUGAUUAUCAGAUCAUUAGCUUAAAUCAAGACCACAGGUACUCACAGGCGGUGUGACCACAAAGAAAAUAGAGGCUGUAUCAUACAAAACAUGAUUUCACUGCAGGUUUGCAGACAAACAUGCAUGACAAUCAGGAUCAGGAAAUACAGGAAUUACAGACAAAGUGGGCCAGGGUUUCUCACCGUUGCUCAUUUGGCUUUGCAACAUUGAUGUGGGGGUCAGACCUGGGGCCAUGGUGUCAUUGAGGUUGCUUGGAGUGUGUCCCCCACUUUGACUCAUCCCUCCAGGACCCAUGGACAUAGUAGCUGUGGGCGGCUGGAAUAAAAAUCAAACUUUAUUAGGCAUAAUGAUGUUUGUAAGAUUAUGGCUGGAAGUUAAAAUGAUAACGAUAUAUAUCGAUAAUUAUUUUACCUCAAUAUAAAUAUAAAACAUGGUCAAUAGGCUUUUCGAUAACCGGCAUUCUGCUAUGUUUGGGUAGACUAUACAAAUAGCCAAUAAAAAGGGAAGUUGCUCUGGGUCGGCUUUGCACUGAACCAAUCAUGCUGAAUUAGAACCAAGUAAAAACAACUGCGUAGUAGCAGACUGCAGCUACACACAACCAUAGCACUUUGACAUGUGAAGACGACAGCACUGUUGGUGAGACAAAAAGAAAAUGAGCGCUAUCCCGGGAGAAACGCAGAUGGGGGUGCGUGGAUGUAUUUUGGUUUUUUGAGGUUGGACAUGUAGCAGAGUAAUGUGCACUGCAAAUUAUGUCGAGUACAUGUUCUCGCAAAGUUGGGGAACACCUCAAAUCUUUUUUACCAUCUGAAGCAGUGCCACCCAGCAGAGUACGCGCAAUGCAAAAGGUUACAAACCCUGAGUGGAGCAAGGAGCCCAUGGCGCCUGUGCAGCCAAAACAGCCAACCAUUCAGUCCGCUUUCUCUAGCGCAAAGCUUCACGACAAAACGUCAAAUAGACACAAAGACCUCACAGAUGCAGUAGCUUAUUGUAUUGAAAAAGACAUGCAACCAAUAAGCACUGUUAAAUUUCAUUUUGUAUAUCGUAAUAUAUAUCGAUAUUGACUGACAUGAAAAAAAUAUUUCAUGAUAAACUUUUUCCCAUAUCGCCCAGCAAUAUAUAAGAUAUUUCAAUUUCUGCCUGGUGUGCACAUUUAUCUGUGGAUGAUGAGGGUUUUUGGUCCCAUAUAAAGAAAGUUCGAGGCACCACAAACUUUUUUUUUUAUCAAAAUAGAUUUGGUGAUGCAUAUUUGCUUAGAACAGGUGUCCUGUGAUGAUAUACAAAUGAGAAGCCUGAGUUUUUUUGUCCCUGAAACAUGCAAAAGGACUCACCGCAGGUAGUAAUGACUGCAUGUUCUGAUUUGAAUCUGCUAUCGUGGCCAAGUAAACAAGAUUUCUGUGCAGGAUCUGCUGAUACCUGUCAAAAGAGAAAAUAACACAGAUGCAUUUAGUCACUUUUGUCUGACUAACACAUUAACAUAGCAUCAUUUAGAAUAAUGGAAAAAGAGACACUUACUGUGUGCAUUCAGCUGUCUUCCCUUUGCUUUGGUAAUCCAUUAUACAUUGUAUCAAAUGAUGGUUUUCAUCUAGCAUCUUUGGGAAACAACAGUACAACUUCAGUAAUGCAUCCAUCCUUGAGUCACAGUGUAUGGUGAAUUUUACAGUGAAUUAUGUGCUAUCAAGUUGCAGCAGUGAUGCCCUGGUUUCUCAGAACCUCAUCCAGCAUAAAAAACAUUUCUAACUGGGUCACUUUUCCUCUUUUUUUUUCAUACAGGAGCCAAAUAAAGCAGCUAUUCAGGACACCGUUUGAAAGUGCCUGUCUUGGUGUGUUUUCACCGGAAACAUCCGGUUCAGUUGAGGAUAAAAGCAGCAGCAUUUAGAGGAGCGUAUGGUCCAGGAAGUCUAAUGUUACAUACACAAUAUAAAUCAUGUUUUUGCACGUUUUAGGACCAAAGAAAGUGAGCUUUAAAAAAAGAAAGAAAAAGAAAAAAACAGGGAGGUGCAAGGUGUUAGAAUUUCUUGGUAAGUCCUAAAAUCUGAGGCUGUUCAGUAUAUUCCAGAUACAAAAGAUCCAUUAGUUAUCAGGAAAAGCAGCGUGGGAAUCAGUAUCCUCUGCUGCUACACCUUGGACGGUCGGCUUUGUUUGGCUCGCACCUUCAACCGACUGUAUCGUUACAAUAAUUAGUUGCCAUACCAUGUGAAAUUCACCACAGGCUAUACUUUCAUGCUGCACUAGAGACAGACCGCACACUCCCACCCAGACUGGAAUAUCUGAUCUCAAACGCCGAAACAAAUAUUCAUUCUUACCUUUUGAAUGGUUUGCUGUGUCACCUCUCCUUUACUCCUGGGGCGAGCCGAUGAAAACGCCACCGACAUGUUGUCAUAUGGGAAAUAAAGGCGCUUCUUUUAUUCUAAUAUUUAUUAUCAUGAGCGCAGCCGUCUAUUUGGCUUCAUAGUAUGACCAUUACAAAAAGAUGAGGGGGAUUAUCGAGUCAAUUCUCUAUCUUAAAGCUGGCGAAUUUGAAAAACAAAUUAAAAUGAAUAUAAUCUUAAAGGAAAAUUGACAAAUUAGCAUAUCUGGAUACGUUCAGUAUGCCUUGCAUGCACCUAACAGAUAGAUAAAUAUACACACGGAAGAGGUAAACCACCCCCCCAUCCUUUAAUUUUGGUAUGACCCGGACAGUAAGUAGCCUACCACUUUCCCUCACUGAAGACGGGGUAUCCUUUGAUUCAUGGGAGCCAAUUAGACCUUAUUGUUCAGGUAGACCGAUGGAGCAAUGUGAAUGCCAAGAAAUGAAAUCUCUUUUGUCACGAUAUCACUAUACACCUGGCAGCUGCCAUCCCCUUUCAGCCCUUAUCCGACCUGUUCAAGAUGUUUUUUCCUCUAAUAUUGGACAAGACUUGUAGUAUAUUGAAUUAAAACACCUGUAACCCACAGAAAAAAACAAACCUGAAUGCUCAUAAAACCCAAAUAAGACUGAAGAAUAGGGUCAUGUUAAGGUGGAAGACCCCCAGGAUUAAAGCUCGCAUAAACCUGUUAAAUCAAAUAUUCUCAGAGAUCACAAGACAAGCACAUCAGCAAUUUCCAGUUUAUUUACAGUAAGUUGCUUUAUUACAGAGUAAAGCAAUAUACAAGCCUUUAUUCUUUAAAUACUCUGAAAUCUAGUUCAUUCUAUGUUGACAGUAUUCAUACAUCACAACACCAUUUCAUGAAAUAAAUGUACAACUUAUUAGGAGGACCCCCGAUCAGGCAAAGCCAUAGGUUACUUACUGGCAUGAAACAACAUAAUUUAGGAGUAAAGCUAUUCCACAUAGCAGACAAUAGAAACUUAAAUAUUCACUUCCUAUUAAAGUAAAGAAAAAAAAAAUAACUUUCAAAACAUACUGGAGGGGAAAUAUGUCAUAGUGGACCCCCUUGUGAGCUAAACAAAACAACUGUGGAAUGAUAAGGACAAAGAAAAGUGUCAACACAGGCGCAUAUAGUAAGCCAUAAGGAGGAAAAAAGUAAACUUAGCUUUAUACAAUGCAAUGAUUAAUUAAUACGAUAAUAUACACAAGAAGCAUGAAGCUGAGGACUAAUUCCUUAUAGUGCCAUGGCUAAAUCUGAUCUUCACAGCUGUCCACUCCUGGUUCUAUAAGACGAAUACUGAGGAGUUUCUAGUCUUCUUCGUCCAGAGUAUCCUCUGAAGCCCUGGCCCCUCAAGAACCGCCCUGGGACACCGAAAGUUUCCAGAUUACGCUUUCGCUCCUCGGCCCAUGUCAGUCUGAAACACAAAGGAGAGGCUAAAAGCCUGCUGCAACAAACAUGAUACAUGAUGAUUAGAGAUGUCCCACUUUUACCUGAACUUCUUGUCAGAUGAGAUGUUGUCAAAGAAAGACUUUGCUUUGUCAUAAUAGCAUUUUGGUCCAAAGUGCUCAUCAUCCGCAGACAAGUGCAAUUCCUCCUUUUCUUUCUCCUCUGCUUCAUGAUCUCCUUCUGCCAACACAAAUGUGAAUUAUCCUCAAGGGCAUGUAUUAACAACAAAAAAGUGUUGAGCCAGCAGUGUGGUGCAUAAACGUGGGUCAGAAAACAGGUGAUGAAAAUUAAAAAUAAAAAAAAGGUGUAUUUGUGGUCUCAACCUUUUGAAUUCAUCCGGUCCUCUGCCUCCUUUUGUAGCUGCUCCUUCAUAAACUGAGCAUUUGAGGAAUCAAAAUCAAAGUCUGUGUCAAACUUAAGAGUAGCAGACGGACCACUUGCCACCAUCAUCUGACCCCUGCUACGGUUCCUGCGCCUUCGGGCUCCUACAUAGUUUUUGAACAUUGGAUAAUGGACACUAGUCAAGCAUGAAAAUUCAGAUUUUCACUUUUCAAAAUUAAACUUCUGUUGCAAAAUUACCUUGUCUUCUUCUGGGAGGCAGCCUGUUUUCAUUAUUCUGCUGCAGAGUUUCAGCACUGGUCAACCCAGGCCUGGACCUCCCUCAAAUUUGAAAUAAGUUUCAGACUUGCAAUUACAAUUAUGGAUUAUCAUUUACUGAAUCCAGGUAAGUAUCUUGAGAACAUAAAACAAUCAAGUUGUUAAAUAUUUGGUAAAUAUUUUGAUGCAAGACUGGUUUUACUUUGCUUUCAUUACUGCAGUUCUUUGAAGGCCCACUUACUGGUGGCUCCUGAGAUUCCUCUGGUCUGGGGACUCUCUUGUCUGGUCCUUAGGGGCCUCCUCCUUUCCCAUCGCCACUCCUGCUCCUGAGAUGCAGUCAGGGGUCUUCUCUGUCUCGAUCUAUCCACAUGGAGGGUUUGAACAGCUUUUUCCACCAUAGGGCCCCUUCUAACUUGCAACCCUGAAAGACCAGGCAUGAAAAACACAACCUAUAGCUGUAGCAUUUUGACAGCAUACUUGAGGGUCCUUAACAACAAUAAGCAAGUGGAUUAAUGAUCAGUUGACUUUGAAUAAAUCUGCAUUCAGUGGCUCACCAAGGCCAAGAGCUGCAGCGUACUGCUGGCUGAGGACAGGGCCAGCAGCAAGCUGAUUGUGAGCCUGCAUCCUUGGGCUAAAUGGGCCAUGAGGAUGAUAAACUCCAGAAGACCCUACAAUAGAUGACUGAGCAAAAAGAUGUGCAACAAUUUCACAGAUACAGUUCUUGAAAUGGUAAAUGGGCUUAAAUGCCACAAACUGCAAGGUGUAAACCGCAUACGUUCCUUACCUGUACUAUUGCAGGAUCUGGAGGAAGGCCAUGGUGAGAUCUUGGAGACUCACACAGAGUUAUAUCUUUAAUAUCACUUCCACGAAAAGUGAUGAACUCGUAAACAUCAUCUUUAGGUGGUGUUGGCCUGUCAGUGGGUCUUCCUUCAGUUCCCAGACACCUGACUAAUUAGGAGAAAAAAGUUCUAUCAGAGAAAGUAAUGUUGAAAUCUCACUCUGUCAAGCAUAUAUCCACACCGCUUACCUUUAGCAAGGACCACUGUUGAAUUCACUUUGUCAAUUGUGUACAAAAUACCCUCAUAACGAUUUUGGGCUUUUGAAAUUAGCGCAAUUUUGCAACCAAUGCAAGGCUUUCCUGAACUCAUGCUUGGAGAAUAAUCAGGAUCACAUGUGGUUAAAUGUCAAAAGAACUCAAAUCAGGUCCAAACACUCAAGUCCCAGGGCGACCACAUUUUACCGGCAUUUUGUAGGAGACUUGAAACCACGCCCACUGAUUGAGGCGUGAACACACCUGGCGUCCUGUGAUUGAUUAACUGCCAUGUCUCUACUGGCCUUCAUGAUUUGCAUGAUUUGGGGAGGGUUGAAUUGUCUGAUGCAUGGCAAAGUCUAUGUACCUGAUGAGUACUUGAAACAGGCACUUUGUGACUUUUUUGUAAAAAGAAACAAACACACAAAAACGUGAAACUUUGCGUCCAUUUUGAGUUAAAUGCAAAUGUUUUAUUGUCGUAAAAUGUUCAUGGAAAACCAAUAUAUUUCUAACACACGUUAAAGAGACGCUCGUUCAGUACAACUCCCAUCAGAUGUUGCUGUGUGGGCUUCAUUCUCGUAUCUUCGUAUGCCUGCUGGGCAGCACUGACAGCAGACACUGCAGCUCUGAACUAUUUGUUCCCAAAUUUAUUUACCUCGACUGACCAAUCACGGCGCUUGGUAGAACGACGUCACUGGCAGUACAUCCAAUCGGCGCAUGCGUCUCACGAGAGAGCGUAUCUGGCCAAAGAUGGCGGAGAGCUCCGAUUUGCUGGGAGAUGUUUUGCUGAAGACAGCGGCGGACGAAAAAGUAGUUGGAGACACUGAAGGCUCUCUGGAGUGUUAGCUGUCAGGAGCAGGUCGCCUCAACGGAGCUGUCAGACUGCAGCAAAUCUCCUCUGUAGCUUGGCUGUGUGAAGUAACGUUAAUACAAACGCUCACGGCAGCAAAAUGGGACUUUCACUAGCUAACAUUAGCUCAUUUUGGUCACGUUGAUAUUAGCUAACUUGGCGGCACUUGUAUGUGUCCCGAAACUGAUGUGAAGCGGAGAGUUGUUAGACACCCCCCUUGUUUUCAUGUGUUUCCGCUGCGGAAGGAGCAGGAGGUCAGGGAGGUGUCACUAACAGCGCUUCGAGCAUGGAUGGAGUAGCCGGGUCCACACCGAACUUGACAGCCGCUCAGAGUCAACCCAUGACGGGAACAAGCAGCGGGAUCGCACCGGCAGUAUCCGAUGCGGUGUCUGUGAUCGGAAAACCAGGAGUGAGUGCUCUGCAAACUUUAAAUGGAAGCGCCGUGGUGAUGACCUGUCAUACCCCCGGAGGAGCGUCUGCUGACGGCAGCGGGAGUAGCUCUCAGUCCGCUGUCACGCUCACAAACAACGGACCCGUUUCUGUGAGCAAAGGGACCCCGGCGGUUCCGUCAGCAGCACCUAAAACUAUCAUCCGAACUUCUUCUACGAGUCCACAGACUGCUGUCAUCUCCUCUCAGCCCCCCGUGAACGCUGUACCCACUGUCACGCUUGUAAGGCCGCCUAUGCAAACUCCAACCAGCACCGUACAAAGCGGAGGGAACCCGACCACAGUUUUAACAUCACCGGUCGUCAGUGUUAACCCCUCGACGGGCUCUAUUGUCAAAAAACUGGACUCCACAAAAAGCAUUUUUCAGGCUACAGGACACACAGUGGUUUCGACUGCAACAACAGCCACCAUAAGGAGCCCCACUGUUCUGCAGAACUUAAGGACCUCUGUGCCGUCUACCAUCGCUGCAACUCCUCUUGCAGGAAUACGAGCUAUUGCUCCACAGGUGUUGGCCCCACGACCCACUCAGCCUCAACAAAACGCCCCAAACAUCCAAAACAUUCAGCUCCCACCAGGUAAUUCCGUGCAAAGUUUAUGGAUGAGGAGCUUCUCUGUGCUUGUUACACUUUAGACUCCUCAUGACUCAAAGUUUAAGCUGCUUCAAGAGACAAUUUAUGGUUUUAAUUUGGAGACCAGACCAAAAGUCCUGGGGCUACUCAAACAACAAGAUGUUAGACCAGGGGUGUCAAACUCAACCACAGCAAGGGCCUUAAUCUGGAUUUAGGUCUAACCUGAGGGCCAAAGAGGGUCAACAUUUCACCAAAACUGUCAACCUCCUUUUCAAAAGAUAUGUAACAAAAAUAGCAAUGAUUAUAAAUCAUUUGGAAAUUCAUAAAAGAUAAAAAGAUAAGUUUAAAGGCAAUCUGAGAUAGAGAAGUUUUAAUUUUUUAUUCUAUUUUUAUUUAUUAGUUCAAAAGAUCAGAGCAUGAUAUUAAAAAUAGAAAAUAAUGCUUUUAAAGAGCAAAUACAUGAGGAGAACGUUGAAAUCAGGUUUAAAAUGUCAAAAUAUGAGUUAAAAUUUAAAAUUGGAAUCUAAAGUAUAAGAAUGACACAAGUCUAAAUACUGAGUUAAAGAAAACCACAGCAUGAAAUGAAAAAUCCAAUCAUGUUUGACUUGUCAUCUCGAAAUGCAAAAUUGAAAACAUGAAACAAAACACCAAAUAUUGUUUCCCGCACAUUCUUGACUUUUUAUCAAACCUGUCUUACUCUUUAAUUUCCCAGAUUUUCAUGGUUUAUUAAGGACAUUUUAAAUAAUAGUGCUAAAGUUUACAUUAUUAUACCGGAGGAAAUCUACAGAUUUCACUGGUGGGCCAAUAAUAAUACAAAUAUGAUAUGAUCUUGUGGGCCAGAUAUAAAUAUUCCACAUGCCAGAUUUGGCCCCCGGGCCUUGAGUUUGACACCUGUGUAUUAGACUCCGGAUUUUAUCUCUAGCUUCAAUUAAAAGAGCCAAAAUACAAUAUUAUCAGACAUAUGCCACUUAGCUAUAUUUACUAGCCCUAUGUUAAGGGCCAUAACUUCAAAUAAGUUACCAAAAGCAGGGUUAUAAACAGUAUGUGUGUUGUGUGAGUCUUUUUGGACAACUCACUUAAAAAUAUGUUGCUUUUGUGACUUGACUCUCAUAACUACUACUGCUUUGUUGUGGUCGACUUAAUCACUGUGUGGUGAAGGUCCAUAAGUUUUCUCCCAUCUGGUCACCUGUUGAGUAUAGAAUAAGCAUGCUGUAACACCAGGCUGAAUUAUCGACAACAACAAAUCUUGCACUGUUUUUAUGGGGUUGCUUUUAACGUCUUCUAAAAUGUCACAUUUUUGAUUUAUUGCACCAUGUAUGUUUGUUUUGGUUUAACCUGUUGCUGAGUCUGGAGUCUCCUCAAGUCUCUGAACAUACACCACCCAGCUGAACUAGAUCCAUGCAUCAACUUAACCAUACCUACUCAUGUCAAACUCUCAGCAUAUGUGCAGUAUACUGAUGGAACUCCAUGAAAAAGUCCUGACCUUUGACAUUUUUAACCUCAUGAACUCCCUCCUCUCGUAGGUAUGGUCCUGGUCCGCAGUGAGAGCGGGCAACUGCUAGUGAUUCACCAGCAAGCUUUGGCUCAAAUGCAGGCGCAGUCACAGUCCCAAAGUGCCAUGACACCACGACCGGCAGCCCCCACCAGCACUCCACCUGUCCAGAUUACUUCUCUGCAGGUACCUCAGGUGUUGGACACACAGAGUACAGUCACUCUCAGAAAAUAUGACUCAGUCCUGCUAGGUUGUGAUGCACAAAAAUGACUGUAGGACCAGCCUUUGGUUUUAUAAUAACUUCAUUGAAUUGAGACACUUGCCUGAUGUGAUUUGAGCUUUUUAAAUCUGUUUUGUGUUCAGCUCUGUUGCUGUUGUGACUGUAAAUUCAAAUUCUGGCAACACAUAAGUGAAGAGGGAGUAACUGUCAAAACUCCCUUUUCUCUGGUUUGGAUUGUAAAUGUCAUUUUAUUAAGCUUUUGUGAAUUUUAGAGCAAGUGAAAUUAAAUGCAGGACUACCAAAAGUAAAAUCAUAGUGUAUGCUGUUCUGCAGGCUCCAGGUGCAUCAAUGCUGCCUCGUCCAGUUACCCCCACCACCAUUAUCAAGCAAGGAUCACCUGCCCAAACCACUGUGACAGCCACCACCACUCUGCAGAGGCCUCCUGUACUGCAGGUAACUCAGACAUGCACCUCGGUUUGUUACUGUGCAGGUUAUGGUGUCAUCAAGCAAAGAAAAAGCCUUCAAAAGGUGAUAGUUUAUUCUAUGAGGAUCAUUACCGCAAGAAAGGUCAUUAAUUGAAAUGAUUCAGCUCUGGAGUCUGCAUUUUGCUGACUCUAGUGGACUACACUGAAGCAAACCAUGUGCUCUGAAUAAAUCCGGUUAUUUAUUGGUUGCAGGCUGCAGCGUAUACUUUAAGAGAGAGCAACCCAUCUGGGAUGAUUUUUUUCCCCAAACGUAAAAAGAAAAUUUCACAGGGUGUAAAACAGUUUCCCUUUUACUGCGGCUAAUAAUUUAUCUCCCCUUUCAAGACAAGACAUCCACGCUGAGGUAUGAGUCGACCAUUUGAACUAAAAACAACAUCACAUCUUAUUUAAAACUUGGUCGAUUUGAUACCUCCUUUAUCGCCUGAUUUAUCGCAGGUUUUUGGUCUAUCUUUGUGCCUCAGUUUGAGUUGAUAAAGUAAAAAAUAUUGUUGCUCCUGUCUGUAGUUGCCAGAGACUGAAUACAGUUUGUAAGUGGUUUUCUCGAGGACAGAUCCUGCAAAAAAGGAACCAUCUCCAGAUGACUUGACGGAACAAACUCCACCCAAUGUUGACAUUGUAUUUGUACCAACAGAGAAUACUUCUGAGAUCUGGGAUUUUAACACAUUGCAGAUAGAUUUUUCGAUGUAAUCCUCAGCUACGCAUUUUCAGGUGUAGCUUCGAGUUUCACUGUUACAGCCCUUGGAAUGACGAUGCGUGAGAUUGACUGAUGCGUAAGGUCUUUAUUUAUUUCUUCUCUUCAUGAUCCUUACGGCACCGUGAAACUGUUUUUUAAAACAGUUACAAAUAAACAUCAAAUACAACUCCACGGUAUAUUCAUAAAUUUAACAAUAUUAAAACAUUUUGCGCAUACCUCGCAAAAUUAUUCGUUUAUUUGUGGAUUUGUCACCCAGCUGAAGAGUGCAUAACCUGGCUCUGCACCUGUCCUGUUGCUCUACCCUCAAGAGGCAUCCUACAAAUUUUUGCUCAAUUACUCUGAUCAGGGAACUUGUAUUUCUGUUUAUGGGCUUGAUUUGCAAAAAUAUAGACACAAAAAAGCAAUUCAUUCAAAAACAAAUCCAAGAAGCUACAAGAAGUUCCCCCAAACAUGUUUGAAGAAGCUUGUCGGUUUGAAUGAGCCCCCUUCAGAUUUCAACAUGUACAUGAUUGUCUAAUUAUUGGCAAACAGUGAAAGCAGCUCUGCAGCUACUUAAGGCUAAUAAGAGGAAUAAAAAGCUUUAUAAGUGCAGCUGAAUGCGUCUCUCUUGGACCAGUGAGGACUUAUUUCUUUGCCUGAAAUGCUUGGUAAAAACAGGCCCAGGGCCUAGUUCACAGGUUGCAUUGUAAUCCUUUUUUGCCUUUAACCAUACUAUGAAAGGAACUAUUUUUUAUCCAGGUCAGAACUUUAUUUUUUUUUUAUUGGUAUCCUCUAAAGGUUUCCUGUUUGCUAGCUCAUUUUUGCAGGUUAAUAUUUUUUCUGAAACAUUUUCUUUUGAGGUUUUAUAUUUUCCUGCAUUCACAUAUUUUCUUCUCCAGUUUGUUUUUUUAGGAAAAUAUUAAGUUUUCAAGAGUUUAGUCAUUGAUGUUUAAUAUAUAUCAAUGCAUGUUCUGUGUUAGCAAACAUCUUCCAUGGCAACAUAAUCCUUGGGGGGGAAUUGUGAUGGUCCGACUGAAGCUGACUCCACUGUGCCCCCGGAGCAGACAUGUCAAAUCUGUUACUCUGACCUUGUCAUUUUUUCUGAGCCGAAUGUCAUAACUGCAUAUCCACUGUCUUUUAUAGAACACCAUCAUGCUGGGAGGAAGCGCCACCACCCCAGGACAGGCGCUAGGCACACCCAGCACAGUGCAGCCUGGAUCUGCAGCCACAGCAGUUACACAGAGGGUAGGGUCGCUCACAGCCACUGGGACCCCUGUCACUCCAACAGCUAUCACAGCUGUAAGAGAGAAGUACUAACCUUCAAUGCUUUUGUCUUUAAAACCCUUUGAAGCUCACUACAAAGUUGUUGUGUAGCUGCUUUGAAUCUGAUGGGUAUGUUUACAGAGGAAUCUGAUUGUGUGUAUGUGUUGCAGGAGACGCUGGAGAAUGUAAAAAAGUGUCGAAACUUUCUGUCCACGUUGAUUAAACUGGCAUCCAGUGGGAAACAGUCGUCGGAGACGACAGCAAAUGUCAAGGAGCUGGUCAAGAGCCUGCUGGUGAACGUCUAACUUCUUCGUCUUUCUCUCUUGUCUUUAUAGCUUUUGCAUCUUUCUUGCAGUUGGUUUAUUCGCUUUUUUAGUUCUUAUCCAUCUCUCUGCUCAACAGGAAGCCAAGAUAGAACCUGAAGAUUUCACCAGUAGGUUAUACAAAGAACUCAACUCCUCACCACAGCCGUACCUUGUGCCUUUCCUCAAAGUAAGUCAAAAAGACCCUGCUCCUUUCAUGCAAACCACACAGAAUUAAUAUGCCCAGAGGUGGUAAUAUUUCCACCGUUAAACAACCAUCCAAAGAAUCCUGUCAAUCCACACUGUCCUCUGUCAUCCAAACACUCUGGUUAUGCAACCAAUGCAGUGCCACCCUUCUCAGAGUUUUCCCAGUGAAACAGUUAAAGCAAACACUUUGCAUGAUAAACUGUAAAACAGAAGUGGAGGUGGCCACUUUGACGUCAUCAUUGGUUUGGAGAGUCUCCUGUUGAAGCCUCAGAAAGUUGGCUUUUCUUUUGAGUGUGAAGCCAUGAGCAUAUUUGUGAAAGAGGGUGGAAUCAUUACUCAUGAUCGUGUCUCUAUUCCAAGUUGGAAAGUCACCAUGUUUGUGACUUAUCAAAUUAAUGGCAGCCAAACCUUACAGAGUACUCUUCUUUGUCAAUAAUUUGACCAUCAAAGGGGCUGUAAUCUCAAAGUCUUCACAUUGUUUUAAUUAGAAAAGCAGAAUAAAAAUCUGACUUUAUUACAAGAUCAAAAAUCUGUGGAGCAGGUUGAGUUUUUCAGUUUGGUUUCUCAUAGUGAUACAUAUAACUCUUCCUGUCCUUGACUCCCUGCAGAGAAGCCUCCCAGCACUGCGUCAGAUGACCCCAGACUCUGAGGCGUUCAUCCAGCAGAGCCUGCUGCCUCAGCCCAGCACUCAACCAGCAGCAGCAGCCUCCACCGCCCUUACUGCUGUGGUGCUGAGGCCUCCUCUCUCCACAGCUACCACUACGACCACCAGCACCGCUGCAACCAAAACCACAGUCAUCAGCCUCACUCAGACUCCUCACAGUAAACCCGGCCUGGUAAGUGACAUGAUGGAUGACUUUAUGAAUUCGGUCAAUACUCAGUCACUUUGUGAGAGUGUAUUUUUCAGGGCUUUUAUUCGCUCAUGUGUCUUUAUUGUUUGCUUGAAUGUGCAGAUAGUCCCCCAGCAACAGGGGACCGUGUUGAGGCCUCAGGUAACCCUGGCCCAGUCUCCCAUGGUGACGCUCAGAGGACAACCUCACAACCGGAUCAUUGUGAGCCAGCCACAGGUGGUCAAACAGCUCCACGCAGGUGUGUAUUUAACAUCCACUCGGACUUCUAGGAUGUCUUCCGCUAUAAUCGAAUAGUAUAAAACUUUAUUGAUCGCCCAAAGGGGAAAUUCAUAUUGUCACAGCAGCAACAGAUAUGACAGGACACACAAGAGGUAUCAUCAAAAUGAAUAGCUAUGACAACAAAUAAAUAGUUGACAGUAAAUAAGAUUAAAAAAAUCUGCCCAAUACUCUCCUUGUUUUUGGUCACUCGUCUAUAUUUAGUGAAUCAUAGAGCGUCAUUGGGUGUCUAGAUAAAAACAGGUUUAUUUGAAAUAUAGAAAGUCACUGAAAAAGAAAAAGAAGCCUGUGCUGGCAUCUUGUGGAUAUGGUCUGUAACUGCUUGUCAAACAAAUUAGAAUCACAUCACAAGUACCGUAUUUUCCUGACUAUAAGCCGCUACUUUUUUCCCACACUUCGAACUAUGCGGCUUAUAAUGUGGUGCGGCUUUUCUGUGGAUUUUUCUUCACCCGCCAGGGGGGCGCUUUAGUAUAAAGUGAAAAAAUGAGACAGGUGAAAGUCAAAUUUUAACAUAAAAGAAGAAAGUGCUAAAUUUCAUUUAGCACAUGCAAGCAAAAUCGAGCGUUUAAAGCAGCACUCCACUGUGAAUGGGAGACUUGGAUGACGAGUGGCGAUAAAUCCGACACAAACACUGGCCGCAUGCGAAAAGCAUCAUUUUCUGAUGUCUGUCAGUGGAUCCUAGCUGCGUGGAGCAGCGUGAAGGAAUCUACCAUCACCAAUGGGUUCCGAAAGGCUGGACUGUUGCGUGAAGAGGACACUUCAGCUUCAGAGUCAGCUUCACCCCGGGAUGAUGACAGACACGGAGAGCAACACGGAGAGCAACACUGACAUCGCCACAGAAAAGGCAUGUGACGAAGCUCUCCUGAGGCUGUUCAACUCCGACACUGAAGAAGGGGACUUAGAUAGUUUCAGUGCGCAGGAGGACGAUGAAUAAAGCGAUCAAUAACUUUUCUGUUUUAUUUGAUAAGCACUUUUAUGCUUUGGGCACCGUUCGGAAACUGAUCAGUUCAGUUAUGUUCAGUUAAACUAAGUAUUCAGUUCAGUAGAUAACCGCGGCUUUUAGUCCGGUGCGGCUUAUAUAAGUACAUUUACAAUUUUUUUUUUAAACUUUGUGGGUGCGGCUUAUAUUGAGGUGCGCUCUAUAGUCAGGAAAAUACGGUACAUGUUUUUAACCACUCGCAAUUAUAACACAAAUUGAAAUUAACCUUCCCUGUUGCAAACGUUAAAGUUUUCCUCUUUCCUUUGUUCCCGUUUGGUCCAGGAGUGAAGCCAGCGUUGGCUCCAGGGGUCCGUGGCGUGCAGAUAGUGAAUCAGUCCACGCUCUCUGCUCAGAAGAACAAGCUGACGGAAGCUGGGGGAGGAACAUUUAGGUGUGUGACACAUUCACAAAUUAACGUCACUCUCUAGUUAAAGUUUUCCAAAUAGCAAACAUGGAGGACAGACUAAAAUCUGUCAUCCAAUCAUCGUGUCCUCAUCACGCUUCACAACAAGUGAUUAUAUUUGAGAAGAUUUAAUAUCAGAUCUAUCUCAGGUGAAAAAAUGACAUGUUUACUACAUUUGUUUAUUGCCGAUGUGUUCACAGCUGGAAGAAUUACUUCAUUGAAUGAUUAGUAAAUAUCCAGAGAAAAGCUCUCGAAAAAUAACCUGUUAUUUUUGUAUUUUUUCAAGUGAAGAUGCUGAAAUUUGCUGCUCACGAAAAUAUAUAUCUUUUUAAAAUUGUUGUUUAACCGAACAUCUCAGCUUCCAGCAUUGCUUCGACAGAGAAAAUAGGACGAUUUUGAUGUAGACAAACCAAUUUUGUCAUAAUAGAGGAUGUGCAGCAGUAAAAAACAGUCUUUCUAGUCAGACAUUUUUCUUUCAGGCACAAAACUCUUAAAGAAAAUACUGCAAAAAAGUGUUGUUGUUCAAGCAACUGCAGGAACAGAUUCACUGAAUUUGAAUAAAAGUUUUCAACCAUUAAAGACAACAAGAUACUAAAACUGAAAAAAAUGGAUAACCUGCUUCUGUAUGUGUCAUUUUUCAAACCCAUCAUUUAGUAUAUUAAAAAUAUCCUUUUCUUUAGUUCUAACCACUAAAGCAUGUUUGUGUCAGAUGAAAAUCAUUUUGUACGAUAACUGUAGAUGACUUAAAAGUUUGAAAUUUCACUUUAACCUGGUUUCUAUUUAUUACAAGCCACUUUUGUGUUCUUCCAUUAUUUGUUGGUUCACACAGUUAAAUUAAUUAUUGAGCAUCAGAAAAGUUGUUGAUACUUUAUUAUGGCGUUUAACCUUUUUAACAGUGCAAACAGUAAAUGUUUCCUGCUUUUACAAAAAUAAAGAAAAGCACAAAGAUAAGAGUUCAAAUUAACAACAGGACUGUUGUUUUAGAGGAGACUAGGGUAAUGGUUUUAAUUAUUUUUCUCCUUUUAAAAUUUAACCUUUUUUUUGUCUUACUUGUAAAAAGGUUUCAUCUCUGUCUCAAUGAGUACAGUCUGUGCUACUGUUUGUUUUUAUAUAUCACCACAAGGGGGCAGCAACAGACCAUCAUUGAGAUGCCGCACUCUCACCAGCCUUGGUGAUGCUAAGAUUUAUGAAUCUCACUGUUGGUUUUAUAAAUGCUGUUGUUUGGUCAGAUUCAGUUUGGUUUCCAUGAUGAAUUAUCCCAAUGAUUGAUAUAUAUAUUUAGCUCUUUGUGCAUUUCCCCUGCAACAAGGGACCACUGAGACUACAGUCAAAUAAAACAAUUGUGAACCAAAAACAAGUGUAAUCACAGUUCCCAACUCUAUUUUUAAACAGUUCUUAAUGUUGUCGUUCAUGUCUUUCUUGUCACUUAUUUUUAUGUCCCCCAGGGAUGAUGAUGAUAUUAACGAUGUGGCCUCCAUGGCAGGAGUCAACUUGUCAGAGGAAAGUGCCCGUAUCUUAGCAACCAACUCUGAGCUUAUAGGUGUGGUGAAGCGCUCCUGUAAGGAUGAGAGCUUCCUCUCCACCUCUCUGCUCACCCAAAGAACUCUUGAGAUUGGUAAGUGGGGCAACUUUUUUGCCUUGAAGGUACGACACUGUCUGACUCUGUUGAAAUGUUCUUUUCUUUUUUUAUGCUGUUGUUACAGGUAAAAAGUUUGGUAUCAGUGAGCUGGGCGCAGAUGUAGUAAACUACAUUUCCUACGCUACGCAGCAGCGGCUACAAAACCUGCUGGAAAAGGUGUCACUAGUAGCACAGCAGAAGAACAUCACCUUCAAGGUGAUUAUUGCUACAGCGCUGUAGAGAUCCACUGAGACAGAUUUCUUCCCCUCUCUUCUACCUUUCUGUUUUUUUUUUAAUGCAACAUCUUCAUUCAUCCUUCAGGAGGACGAGCGGUACGAGCCGGCCAGUGAUGUCCGCACACAGCUUAAAUUCUUUGAGCAGCUGGAUCAGAUGGAGAAGCAAAAGAAGGAAGAGCAGGAGAGGGAGAUUCUCUUGAAGGCUGCCAAGGUAUCAUUUUCUCACAAGGACAUCCUUUAUCAUUGGCAGGAAGAAUCCUACACACUAUCUUAAUUGCAUAGACAAGGCAAGUAAGGUCGGAGUCAUUAGUAUACAUUUCCUCUGCUGCUGUCACCAGAGGACAGAUCUGCUAACUGAGUGAGUGAAUGAAUAAAACAACUGAUUGAAUAUAUUGAACAUACCCAUCCUGAAAUAUUAAAAUGUCCUCUACUUUACCCGCAGUCUCGGUCACGGCAAGAAGACCCCGAGCAGCUCAGACUCAAGCAGAAAGCCAAAGAAGUACGUGCAUGCAGGGAUAAGUGACUCUACUCUGUGUAGCAUUAUGAUUAUGUGAGACUAAUCUGUGUGCUAAUGCUUGUAUUCCAGAUGCAGCAGCAGGAGCUGGCUCAGAUAAGACAGAGAGAAGCCAACCUGACGGCGCUGGCAGCAAUUGGUCCAAGGAAAAAGCGGAAAAUGGACUCUCCUGUCGGGGGUUCCAGUGCAGAGGUGAGGAAUAUGGGAUAUUUCAAAUUUGGAAAGACUUUGUUACAUCUUUCUUGUACUCUGUCUUACAAAACAGGGAUCAGGAUCAGGCCCCUCCCAACCUGGAGCAUCCAGUGGAUCAGGGUCCAGACAGUUUACACGACAGAGAAUCACCAGAGUUAACCUCAGAGACCUUCUCUUCUGCUUGGAGAACGAACGAGGUGCCAGUCACUCACACCUGCUCUAUAAAGGUUUCCUCAAAUAGCACAUGGUGGAAUUGACUCGCCUUCCUCUGUGGCAUUGAGGAAGAAGAGUUGACUGGCUAAGACACGUGGUGCAGGUAUCUUCUGUGGUCGCCCACUGCUCGCCGAAAUGUGGGAACAGAUUCACCCACAGCAUUGAGGAGAAGUCAGGUUUAAAACUCUCUUAAGCACAGGCCUUUUGUCUUUCUUUUUUGGUGCAGAAACGGAGAACAAAUUGGAGCUCAGCCUUAAUUUCAGUAUGCCUCUCAGCCACACUUGACCUUUGGAGACUGGUCGCACCCUCACUUUAAUCAUGCUCUGUCUCUUGCUUAACUCAAGCAAACCUAUCUUUAACUGAAAACAGCAAUCCAGACCUGAAACCCUUAUAACGGUUGUUUCACCGAUGACUGUGUAGCAGCAAAUCUCAGUGAGGAGGUUUCGUAAACGGCCUGAUUUCACACCAACUGCACUGACCGAUUUAACUUAAAACUUUCUGUUUACCUCCGAACCAGAGAGUUUAAUUUAUUGAAAGUUUAGUUUUAUGCCUGUGGAUUUUCUUUUACAGAGACUUAUCUUAAAAGUCUUGUCAUCUGCUGAGUUGCCUUCUUACCAAAUUAAGCCAUAUGGAUUAGAAUGACUGAUCAUUUUCAGUAACAGCAUCAAUCCUACAAGUCUGUUCAGAUCUGGAGGAUAUGUGCUAUUUCUGUUUUGUCGUGUGCUUUCUUUCUUUCUUUGUCAGGAAACAAAAAUGAUUGUUGUCUGUCUGUCAUGUGUUGUGCAUGAUUUAAUCACAGAUGUUGGUAUUUGAACUCUUGCUGGUUAAGCCUCUGAAAGAAUGAAUCCACUUUUCACUCAGAGUGUAGCACAUUGACCAUGAAAACUGCAGAUACUUCACAUUCCUAUCAAUCAGUUCUCUAAGUGUAACUCGCCGGUAGAGUGAUGCCUCAAUGGACCAUCGAAAAAGGUGAACAACCUUCAAACAGUCGUUGAUUUUGCCCUCCAUUUGUGAUUAUAAGACUCUUCAGAUUGCGUAUGUUGGAAUCAUAUUGUUUGCUUUAAUGAGAAGACUGGUGUAACUUUGUACACCACGAAAAGUCAUGUCGAUGUGGUUUUGUGCUUUUUUAUAAUAAGAAAAAGCAACAUUAGUUCGUCUUUACCUGCCUUUCAUCGGUAAAUUUUGACAUAUUUGAUUAUUUUUAGUUUGUUUGUAUAAUUUAAAAAGAUAACAGGCAGAAAAAGUUCUGCUCACUCAGAAGGAAUCUGAACUAAAAUGAUUUUAAUCUAAAACGGUUGUUAGUAAUGUGAAGUUCCAGGGUCUGGAGUUCAUCUUUUAUUUGAAUGAAAAAAAACCAAAACGAUAUGGAGCAACAAAUACCACAAGUUUGUGUUCAAGUCAUGCAAGUGAAUCAACCUUUGUUUAGAAGUUGUGUGUCCAGAUUUUUAUAUUCGUGAAAGAUGGGGUUCAUGUCUGGGUUGUGAAAUGCAGGGCGAGGAAGAGCACUUUUUAUUUUCUAAAGAAACAAGUCAAUCAGAUAAACAUACCCACUUUAUAUCCUUUUAUAUUUCUACUGCACAUACUUUUUUUUGAUCUUUAUACCUUUUUUUGUCAUUUGAAUAAAGAAUGUUUACCUGCAAAUUUUAUUACUGUACAUACUGAGGUUUGCUAUCUGUACAUUUAAAUUCGAAUCAGACAUGUUUGCCUUGUUUUUCAUAGAUAAACAUAUACUGCAGAUAUAUGUGUGAAAAAUUAGACAGAUGUGAUGCUUUCUUGCCAAUUUCUUGUAAAUUUUGCACACCUACUUGUUUAUAUGUAAAUAACUGAAUCUAAAAAAAAAAGUUUUUCAUUGCUAUUUUACAAACAAUCAAGAAAAUGGACUUUAUUAAAACAAAAAGAAAAAAAA